GUCGGCAUUCAAUCAGAUUGGCAGAUCAAACCGUUUUGGACAUGGAAGAAGUAUUUCUCUCCGGUAUGUUAGGACUCCAAUCACACAAGUGCUACGAAUGUGGACGCUUGUUAAACCCAAAUUAUGGCCACGAGUAUCCAGCAAGAAGAAAAUCCGCCGUUGAAAAAGUCAACGGAUUUGAAACAAAACAAACAGAAAACAGUAUUACCGUGCCAAACAAAUCCCAGCGACGCAAUAGCUCAGCCAACCUAACGCAAGAUGCCUGCGCUAUUCGAGCCUGUCAUCUGACAGGAAAGUAUUACUGUGAACGCUGUCAUUGGAACGACCAGUGGUAUAUACCAGGAUCGAUAUUCUUAUUAAACGACAUGAGCCUUCAACCGAUGUGUCGCUCAGCCUACCUAAAAAUUCGAGUACUUUGGGAUGCAGCAAUCUUCCGAAUUCCAGCUUACUGGCACCAAGAAAAUGCGGAGGCAGCUAAGGUUUUCGAAGUCCGAUCAAGAUUGCAUCAAAUGCUUCGUUACACAUUGGUUUGCGCAGAAGCUUCUGCCCUGAAAGAAUUUGCUGAACUAACUGAACCGGCACAUCUACUUGGUUAUCCAAAUUACAUGCGUAUGGCAGAUGUGAUCAACAUUCUCAACGGGACCCUACAUCCCAAGCUUCAAAGUCAUCUGGAAAGGUGGACGGCACACAUCAACUCAUGUGAAAUUUGUCUUGUGAAUGGACGCCCAACUGAUUUGGAGGCAAAUGUGAUACGAAGUAGACACAGAAAUUCCGUGUCCAUCCUGUGACAUUAUUCUGUUCCACCUAUUCUUGGUAUUUCCGUUUCGGAUGGUCGGAUUGCAAUAAAGACCACCGUCCAGCCAACAGGGGAAUGCCUUCAGCAGCAAAUGUUUUCUCUUCGUUUACGACAGCACGAGUGAUGCGAAAAAAUGUUCCAUUUUCCAUCAACUUUUAAUCCAAGUUCAGAACCGCUCUGCUGGUGUUUGUUUAUUGUGUUGCACAAAUGUCGGAUUUUGCUACCAAGAUGUAAUAAUCAUUCAGAUUUUUCCCUUUUAUAAACACUUUUCUGCGCCGUGCCAAUUUUAGUCCGUUGUGGAUGAGAUGUUUUUCAAGCAACAUUUUGUUUACCGUUUAUGAUGUCGCUACGCGGUCCUGAUUCACAGAAUAAAGUAG